GGAAUUCGAUAUAAAGAAAAUAUUCCUGAUGACGUUCAAAUUGAAGAUAAUAUUCCAUCUGAUGAUGAAGAUAACGUUCAAACUGAAUAUUAUGAUGAUGAAUUUAAUAAAAAUUUGAUUCAAAAUCUGUCACAAAAUGAGAAUAAUGAUAGAGAUAGUAUGUUUUUUAUAAUGAAUUCCCCAUCAACUAAUAGUAUGUUGCAAUACAUGGCAAGUAUUAAGCAUCAAAAAGUGAAAGCACUUAAAUUCUAG